CCCCCAGCGCAGCCUGAGCUGGCAGGCCAUGGAGCAGAUCCGGUACCUCAGGCAGGCCUUCCCCGAGGAAUGGCCCGUGGCCCGCCUGGCCCAAGGUUUCUGUGUCAGCACGGAUGUCAUCCAGAGGGUGCUGAGGAGCAAGUUCUCUCCCCCGCUGGAGCGAAGGAUGAAGCAGGAUGCCAAGGUGUUGGGUAAACAGGGGAGCCGGGAGCAGCAGCCUGGCCCAGACCGGAGAGCUGAGCUGGUGGCCGUCUCUGCAGGAGAAGCAGAGUCUGGAGCCCUUAUCGCGCCUGGGGGCCAGUCCAGCAGCUCAAAACCCCAGAGAAAUCGGCAGCUUUGGGGAGCUGGGGAGAGGCAAAACAGAAGGAAGGCCCAACCGGAGCCUCUUCAGGAGGAUGGAACCAAGCCUGUGGCUGGGAUGGGAGCCGCCCUCAUGAGAAACUCUCCGGCAGGAGGAGACGCUGAAGAGUGGGAUGGCGAGGUCCUGAGUGAGGAAGAGCUGGAGGAGCUGGCCGCAGAAGGCCGGGGCACCGGCACCAAAGUGAUGCAGAGAGGACAGGAAUAUUUUGACAGCAAUGGGAAUUUCUUGUAUAGGAUCCCAGCUAGACUAGCCCAUGGGGAGGGGGAGAACAACAUGCAGCCCUUUCCCCAGUCUGGUGGUGAAAAGAGUGGGUAGGGUGUGGGUUGGCUUCUCUUACUGUCGGCCUGCCCAGGGCGUGGGGCUGGCUCAUGUUACUGUCCUUUCCACCCAGGGAAAAAUAAAAUAUUACAAAGUC